CAGCGGUCGCGAAACCAACACGUCAAUGACGCUUGCACUCGCUGGACGUCAGAGGGGAGCGGGUUCGACAAUAAGUAUCACCUUCCACGCGCGACCUUUAAGACCGUCGGAGAGUCGUCCGAAUACUUACUUUCCGAGCAGAGUGGCCGCGACUUGGGAAACGGGAGAAGACCGGGAUCCAAACGUCAUGCUGAUUCGGGUGUCCUGACUUGGCGAAUAAUUCUGUGCCGACGUGUACGCUACGCGACCGCAUUUUGUGAGUAAUGGCAAUGCAAAAGCAGCAGCUGCCGGGGGCUGCCCCGCCUCGCAAGGAAGUGCGUCUGGCCCGGUGGUACUUCGGGGGUCUGGCAGGAUCGAUGGCUGCCUGCUUCACACAUCCCCUUGACCUGCUCAAGGUGCAUUUGCAGACACAGUCGGUGGGGCGCGUCAGCCUGGUGGACAGCACAAUGACGAUCGUCCGUCACCAGGGUGUCCUGGCCAUGUACAAUGGGCUCAGCGCGUCCAUACUGCGGCAGUUGACCUACUCAACGACACGGUUCGGCAUGUACGAGGUCAUUCGGCAGUACCUGGUUAAACCGGGCGAGAACAUGAAGUUCUACCAGAAGAUCUCCGUUGCUGGUGUUGCGGGCGCCACUGGCGGCUUUGUCGGUACUCCUGCUGACAUGGUGAACGUCAGGAUGCAAAAUGAUAUCAAGCUUCCUGUUGAAAGCCGGAGAAACUACAAGAACGCACUGGAUGGCCUCUGGCGUGUUUACCGGCAAGAAGGCGCACUCAAGCUUUUCUCAGGAGGCGGCACAGCUACAGCUAGAGCUGUGCUCAUGACUAUUGGGCAGAUCUCAUUUUAUGAGCAGAUCAAGCAAGUACUGCUGACGACCGGAUAUUUUGGCGACAACCUAACGACACACUUUGCGUCCAGCCUAAUGGCGGCUGGCAUUGCGACGACACUAACGCAGCCCUUGGACGUCAUGAAGACACGAAUGAUGAAUGCUAAGCCAGGUGAAUACAAGAGUAUAUUGCAUUGUGCCCUAGAAACAAAGAAAUUGGGGAUCAUGGCUUUCUUCAAGGGUUACAUCCCAGCGUUUGUGCGACUGGGUCCACACACCAUCCUGACUUGGGUCUUCCUUGAACAAAUGCGCCUCAAUUUUGGCAUUGUCAGGUUCACACACUGAUCUUGCAGCGCCUCUUCACCAUGCUUGCGGGUCUGCGAUGAGGGUGUGCUGCAUUAUCUGUGUCAUCAACCACGAGCCCACCAGCAAAGUGACUCCCCUGUCGACCUUGCGCUGUUGCAAAAGCGCCCCUUAAAUGAUAGCGAUGUAUUAGAGCAAGACGGUUUGGCAUCUGGGCAGGAAGUGGCUAGUAGUUUCACUUUGUUUUUGUACUUUCAUCUAUCAUAUGUCGCUGCUUCCGCUCUUCACACUUAGGUGAGGUUGUUGCUGCCUUCGCACGUCUUAUUUUUUAUAUUCACUAUAUUUUUUCUACUGGGACUGUCAAUCCAGUUUCAACACAUCGGUAAGUUUGAAGGCGAAUAUAAAUUACUUAGAUUUAUCACGAGCCAUGUUGUUAUGUCCAGUGCUUCGAUACAAGGAUGAUAUGAGGUCCAUUCUACUGCGUUGGACUGAUGACCAGUGCUUUUGUGUUUAAGUAUUUCACACACUAUACCAUCACCAGUCAAGUAAGAGCUGUGUUUGCAUUCUAAUGUACAAUGCAUCGAUAUCAGGUUGAUGUCACAUUUGAAACAUGGGACUACUGAUACAAGUUCUACAUUAUUUAUGGCUAUGUUGGCAGCACUGCGAAGACUAGCAAAUGAUUCUUAUUUGUGCCUAACAUUAUGAUAUCGAGAUAAAUGUUGGAAGUAAGACUUGUAGCCUCAGGUGUUUUAAAGCAGUCCUUUCUAGACUGAGGGCCAUGUUUGAAUGUUGUCUAUGCUAUGCACGAUGUAGAAGUAAUUCGCUACAUGAAAGCUAUGAAUAGAACAUCAUUUAUUAAAUUUAAGUGCAAAACUUUAUGCCAAAAUAACGAGGUUCCCAGGACUCUAUAUUUGUUUGCUACCCAUAGUAUUUUCUUUAAGAUUGUGUACUUAUGUAUUGACUAGGGACUACCUUGGUUUAUUGAACUCACUAGAUUUCAGCAGCUAUUAUGGAGAGGAUUUGUCUCAAGCCAUUGGUUGUGCUCAACACUAAUGGCGAGUGUAAUUCUCGUGGUCUGUUACUGAUGCGUCAAUGUUUUCUUUCUGCGGCCACAGCAUGAGUACUAAAGUUUGGAAUGGCUUCUGUUGUCCUUAAUCUUGCACGUUGGAGGUUAGGUUUUUUCACUAAUUUCUCAAGAUCUGAGCAUGAGGCAGUUGUGAUGACAUUUUUGUGCAGUUAUUAAGUUAAAAUAUUCUGCCUUCCUCGGCUUAUGCCAGAUUGACUAACCUCUGCCUUUAGCUUUGUCACCCAACACUUUUUGUGUGUGAAAGGCAGUGCUAAAUCGAAUAAGUUGAGACUCUGUAUAAAUGUCAUCUGGACAGUAAGGGUUGUGCUGAAUUUGGACAGACACCAUCAAGGGUGACAAAUAAUCCUUAAAACGAUAUCUCUGUCCACACAUGAAAGCCGUGGCAAUUCAUUUUGAACAAUACUUCUGUAGGUGGCCAAAACUUCAAGUUCCUCAUUUCUUGCCUUGGUCAGAGUCUGUACUGUUACAUUGCUAGGCUGUUGCCACUACCGUUGCUGCUCUGGCCAAUUGCCAGCAUUUGCAUAUGCUCACUAGCACAUGCUACCAGCAAACACUAGUGCUGUUGAUAAAGCUGUCUGUAUUAUUCUAUUAUGCAAAGUUCUUCGGUUAUCUUCUGCAGGGUUUACGCCUGUGCAUUAGAAUGUUCAUGCUUUGCAGAGAAGUUGUGAUGAAACUUCUACUUCUUGUUUGAUCACUGCUUUUGAAUGGUUUUUAAGAGAGAGCUCAUGCACGUCUUCUAAGCUGUAGAAACCCUACCACAGGGUUCUUGAACAUAAAAAAACAUAAUGAGGUAAAUACUUCCUGGGUACCAAAGCUUAAAAGGGUUCACAUUUACACAUUUGGUGCCAUGCUAUUAUGAUAGUCCUUUACGAUAAGCAGUGUAGACAAUAUUUUAGGCAUUAACUUAGAAAAUCUCAACCAUUUAUUGCAAAAGUCAACCUUAAUAUAAGCGCUAUACAAGAAAAAAAUAUGUCUCUGACAAAAAAAAAUGAAAAUUGCCAGAAAAUGAAAAAGUAUCUUCGACAAGCUAAGCUCGUCCUUAAUUAUCUUUAGCGCAAAUGGGUGGAGGAACUCGGCUUGCCCAUGACACAGAAGGCAUUCAAAUAUUUAGGAAGCUUAAGUGCUUUGCAGUAUUUUUCGUAGCAUUUAGCAGUCUUGAACCUUCUCUUAAUGCAAAAGAAUGAUGCCGACAGUGUAGUCAGAGUACUCAUAAUAUUUUUGUCUACGUUUUGACUCCUGUCGUCAAUGCUGCUUCAUAAUGUUAACCUGAGACAAUCUUAUGCUAUUCAUUUUCAUGUUUAGGCUAUAUUUGACUUCUUUAGGUCAUGUACUGCAAAGUAGAAGCUGAGUUUUGCACAUGCCAGGUUAGUAUGAAUGUAAGCCUUUCCCCUAUGCAUGAAAUUAAAUUAUGGCAUGACAGGGAGGGGGGCUGGCAUAUUUCUGGUGUUUUGUAACACAUUGACAAAUAUUUUUGCCUUAUUGUUGAAACUGGUGACGGGCACUAUAUUUCGCUGGCUAAUACCUUAAAUUCCUUAUCUCUCUGAAAGCCAUUUGAGUAUUUGAUUGAUUGUGUGAGAGUAUAUUGUGAUUAAUCUAGUCAGUUAUGUGGGCACAUUCAACAUAGUGGAUAUGAUCCAGGUGUCUCCUCUUUUCAGCACAAUAAUAAAAAAAAAGCUUUCUUUUUUUCGGAGUUGAAAGUUUGUCAGCACUUAAAUAAAAGUGCACUUUAUCAUCAAGAAAAGCUGGCACUGUCACAGACAUUGUGAUUAUCUGAAAUGAAAUGGAAAUUUGUGUUUUAAUAUUGGAAAUAGGGCACAUCUGCAUGUUUUGGGGUACCGUGGUGUUUGAUAAAUGUGCAUGACUUUAUGUUGUUUCUUGUCAAGGUGUUUAGAUAGUAACAAAUAUAUAUGAAUACUUUUAUUGAUGUGAGUUGUUUCCAAUUCCUUGCCUACAUACUCAAGUAUUAACAAGUUAACAAUGUUGCAGUCCAAAUGCAUCGACGCUUUCUGAAUUGUGGGACUGCCUUACUUGGGGCAUAUGCUGAAGUUGCUUGCUUGGAACUGAAAAACAUUUUGUGUGCUUAAGCAUGCGUCACUACUUUGUGGUAUCCUGGGAAGAUUUAAUAGCUGAACAAUGCCGAGUGUUAAAACAAACUGUGGCUUGCUUUAGUAAGUUGUUUAAGCCGAUGCUCGCAGACAUUGCUUAACUGCCACAUUUUGUGCGACCAUUAGCCAUUCGGCAAAAUAUGACCUGCACCCUACUAUUUGGCAGGUAAUGAAUAGUGUUUACACAGAGCAUGGCCCUUGACAUCAGAGAUAAGCUACCAAUCCCGGAGGAUAUGCUGCAUGUUAGUUGCAACCUUAUCGACUAGAUAGAUUUGUAGGCCACCCCUUGUAUCGUGGGGCUUACAGGUGUCGCCUUGCCAUGGAGAAAGUUAAUGUCGCCUGCAUUUUCUUUAUGCCUGUGCAAUUGCACCGCAGUGCCACCUAGAGGGAUGCAGCAGAAAUGUUGUGCAGAAGAUAGAAGCGAUGCCACUUGUGACUUCCCUUCAUUGUGUGUGAUGUGGCAGCAAACGCGUCAAAUUUCGUUGGAAAUGUGCAACAUGUUUUCGGUACAAUAUGAAUUUUGCUGGGAAUGUGGGCCAUGUUUUCACGGAGCUCCUAGGCGCAGUUCGAAAAUUGCCCUAGUUAUCUAGUAAUCUUGCUUGACAGGGUUUAGAAAAGAGUCUUUGCGAGGCUGCAUGAUGUCUAGAAGUUAAUAGAUAUCAGGCAGGCGAGCUUGACAAUUGCGCUGACAUCCCAACUUACAAAAAAGUGUGACCAGUUUGCACAUUCCAGUCGUGUGGAUAGCAGAUUUUUCAAGGCCAUUACCUGAAGCCAUCUUUGUUGCGAGUGAUUUAGCUUGAUGACUUCAUAUCAAAUGCAACCUUGGCACUGGUGUUUCAACAGAACUUAAACGAUUUUGCUUUGUUCAAGAAGUCAGAACUGUGAGAAACUUAUCGGUUUAAAUGCUAUAUGCCACAACCGGUAUGAUAUUUGAUGCUUUUGAUUUGUUACUACUACAAUGGUAGAAAUGGUUCCGGCAUGACUAUAGCGCCUUGGGUAUUCUUCGUAAUCUCAGCCUCAUAAAUCCUGUGUUGAGAACAUACAAACUAAUUCUCUCCUCAGCGUAGUGUUUCUAUGGCUGUGCUCAUAUUAUUUGCAUCUUGUGUCCUUUGCUGAGGGGAGAAACUGAAGUGUACGAGAAUGCUCUGACGUUAACUGGUGUUCUACUAAUGUUAAUUUAAUUUUUGUACCUGAGUUUUUAUAUUGGUUGUGUGUUAUGCAACCUUUUUUGUUAAGUUUGUAUUUUAUCAUUAUUUAGUAACCUCUCCUCAAGAAUAACUUGAAUUUAGCAAUCAGAAGUUCCUUUAGCUGUGCAAAAUAAUCACGUGUACCUAAGGCCAAAAUUUUUAUCUUAUUUAAGCAUCUUUUACAUAUUGGCUUUUAGAUAUGAACGUCUUGUGAACGAAUGUUAUUGUUUAUUGGUUUCUAUAUGUUGCCUUGUGGGCAGCCCUCGGUGGUGGCAGAUGGUGAUAGAGAAAAUCCUGCUCACUUUUUGUGGGCUAUUUGAAUCUUUUGUGGAGUGCUGCCUACUUAUGCUUCAUCUCACAAGUCGUUUGCAGCACUGUGGAAGCUGCAAGACUCCUAAGCCACUAGGCAGGGUGAAUGCCUCUCGAGAUGUGCUCAUCUGUAUAUCCUGCUCGGUGCCUGUUGAAUUCGCGGUAUAUGGCAUGCAUGCGCAAAGGUCCUAACAGGUCGUGUAUAGCUGUAACAUGUCAUGUACCAAGCAAAAGCACAACCCUGUAACCUAGCCAUUAAUCAGACAUUUAUGCCUGGUACAGUAUUUUCACUGUGUAAGGAUAUCUUUGAAUGCCCCAUACUUUCUGCAGUGCUGCAAUAAAAAAAAAUUUAAUUCUGGCUUUUUACGUGCCAAAAGCACAAUUUGAUUAUGAGGCAGACCGUAUAAAUUUUGACCACCUAAAGUUCUUCAAAGUUAUCCGGUCCAGCGUACAUGGGUGUUCUUGCAUUUCACCCCUAUUGAAAUGCGACCACCGUAGACAGGAUUCGAUCCCGCGCCUUCAGGCUUGGUAGCGCGACGCCUUAGCCACUGCACCACCUGGGUUGGCGGUGCUGGAAGUGACUUGUGAGGUGGAGUAUAAGUUGGCAUAUUUCACAGGGAUUUUGAAGAUCAAAAGUGUAUCUUUCAGGGCGAGGGAUUUGCCAAGGUGCAAGAAGCUAAGCAGAAAUUAAAGAACCGUAAGCUUGUUUCACUCAGUAUUAGUGAAAAUUUUUUCUAAUUGCACUUGUUGGUGACUUCGCUGCUUGAGUUGCGAUGAUACAGUGAUGUGAAUUGUAAAGCUGAACUUAUUUUCAUGAAAGUGUCUGCUUUCCUCUGUACACAUUACGCUGUGAAAAAUAGUCUGUUCAAUUUCAUGAUUUGCCAGGUCAUUGAUGUAUACCUUUAGAACACGUUGGACUAGUUAGUGUAUCUCCCGUAGCAUGAGCCACUGUGCAAAUAAACAUGACACGAACAUCCAUGGUCACUCUCAUGUUGAUGUAAUAGGUUCCUACCGCUUCUUGCACACCUUCUGUGUUUGCAUUUUCCUAAAACCUCAUGGAAAAAAAUUUAUGGGAUGGAAUUUAUGUACCGAAAGGCUAUUUGAUGCUAAAUCACACACACAUGCAAAAAUAUUUCUUAUCAAAGUAACUUUGCUGUUCAUGUUUUGAUGACAAAACUGACUGAUCACCAAAUACAGAAAUGGUUUUUAUUGUAGCUAACUUAAAGUUAAGCCUAACCUGUUAAGUUCCACAAAACUGUUGAACACGGGAGCCCUUCCCUACAGCCUUGAUUCUGUGUAAUGUAUGCAAUGAAUAUCACUUCAUUUAAUGAGAAGGAACGUCCAGACUUGGCCCUUGAAAAAUGUGGCUUUUCUUCGUAGGCAGCACAAUAGGCUAGUACACUGUGGCAUAUUCCUUUGGGUUCUGUUCAUUUUCACACUGGUCAUUGUUACUGAUAUAUAAAGCUGUAUUCGAGUUUUGCAAGCUGUGAUGUGGCUCAUCGCUGCUUGUUGCUUGUGUUCUUGAACCUACGCACAGUGGCUCACUCAGUGGAUUUCUGUGGUGUGCUGAAGUUGUCACUCAUAGCAUACUCCGUGAGCUAUGGAGGUAUUCUGUAAGAGUCCACCUAGUGGACAUGUCCAUUCCGUCUGCUGCUGCAGUGCUGAUUGGCUGUGGCACCUCGCUGCUGCAGUGCUGAUUGGCUGUGGCACCUCGCUGCUGCAGACGCAUAGCCCAGCCCAGCCAAUCAGAACUUAACCAGACGAAAUGGACAUGUCCACUAGGUGGACUCUUACGCAAUACCUCCCCUGAACACCGGUGUCCAUUGUGAUGUGUUGUUUAAAAGAGCUUGUGUACAGUAUUGCUGCCUUGCUCAUGUUGCUCUGUACUGAGGAAUGCUUCUAAUCUCAGGAAAACUGCCUUUCAAAUCUUUAGAAAUGUAGGUCUAGCAAAGAACAAUUUGUUAGGGGUAUGGCUGUUGCACUGUGUUCUAGCAUUGCAUAGUUGCUUGCUUAGGAAUAGAACUUGUUUAGGUAGUAGAAUUAGAACUGCUAGAUCGCAAUGUAAGGACUGUGCCUGAAUUGUAGCAGAAGUACAGGAGGUAAAUGGAUUUAAGAAUGGAAUAGGAAAAUAGGGAAAAAUAUCCACUACUGGCCUCAGUCAUAGAAAGUUUUGCUUCUUGUAUGCUGUGAUCCAUUUUUUUUUUUUGCAUGAGGCACUGAAUUACCCUUUGAAAGAGUUAAGGCUUGGCAUGUUUGUAUUUCAUUGCAGUAGACCAGUGUAUAACACUGUUCCUGUGUUGUGUGCUGGUCUUCUACAGUGCAAUUAUAGACCAUCUUAACUAUCAAGCAGGCUAUUCUUGCCCACAAAAGUGAACGUGUCUGCAACCUUGAGGCACUGUUUUCUUCGCUGAAAGCGAGCUCAGCAAAGGUUUGCAGUAACCCGAAACAUUGUGUCGCAUAGUGUUGUUUCACAACUGUGUAUCGUUUUGUAGUGGCAAAAGUAUAUUUUGGCAUGCCUAUGCAUGGGAACACUGUUGCCAUUGGCACAUUGUCACAUGACUAACUAGUUCAUACUGGCAGCUAUUAUUUAUAGCACACAAUUAGAUCUCUGGAUAUGGUGUGAUUCACCUAGGUAGUGAAAACAAUAAUGCCACGUUGUUUGUUUAACAGAACUUAAGAGCAUGCAAGGCUGUCUCACAGCACUGAGAACUAUUAAAAGCAUUAAGUAUUACAAGCAUUUAGGCAUGUGGAUUUAAAACAGGGGCAAAAUUUUCCAUUGCCUUAUGUGUGUACAUGUGUAUGAGCAUUACCUGACCAAUUUACUUACUCCUCAAAUUAAUGUGUCGAGCUUGAGUCAUGUAUGUUAUAUGUGAAGGUGGUGCUGGCCAUCUAAUCACUAGACAUAAGUGCCGACCAUAGGGUGCACAUUGCUAGAGUAUUUUACCGUGUCAUCACUCAGCUUCGGUGCACCUGGUUUAUGUUGAAUGAUCACUGCACCGAAAUUCCUGUACUAAAGCAUUCCUUUAGACACUGAUAAUAGCGGAUACACCAUAGUAUUCGUUUUGGCCAUGAUAAUUGCUUGGUGAUUGGGCAGCUUGAAAUAGACAUGCCAUUUCUUUACUUGUUUGAAACGAAAAUGUGUGUGGUUGUCGAUUUGACCUUGCUUCUGGUUCUGCGAGGCGUUAGCCAAGGCGUUAUCUGGUAAAACAUUACCACAGAUAUGCCUGCUUUUUUGAGUGAGCUGUUGUUAUGUCUAUGGUCAGCACUCUGUCUUAAUGGCUUUGAUGGUUCUCUGCAGUCAUGUGAGCACUUCACCGCUUCUCUUAAGAAUGAAGAAACUAUUGCAUCGAAUAAAGAACAUAUCAUAAAUGUUGGUUUGCCAUCAAACCUGCUUUUUUGGAGAUGCUCUUUCAGUUUCAAAAGGAGAAAACCUAGGUAUUGAUGUACUGUAUAUUACUGUGGUUUUGCUUGUGUGUAUACUGCCAGUUGAGCAUUGUGAAAUGAGAAUCAUGAAUAUAUUUUUGUGACACUGUUCUUUCAUUAAAAGUAGACUAAGAAAAUUUUAUUUUUAUCUUUGUUUAGAUUGCUCUAAUGGGUAUCAGGGUGGGACAUGCAAGGCACAAAAUCAGCAGUUGCGUAAGCGUAUUUUUGUACAGUGUUGCCCAGUUAUGCAAUAAUAAAUGUUGUGGUGGUGUUGA